AUGUCAUGUCCAGACCGAGCGCAGGUCGUAGCGAUCUUCAUCUCUCUGCGACCAAUGCGUCUCAGUGCGUGCUCGGUGCGAGGUUCGUUACAGUUUUUUUCAUUCUGAAAGUACAAGCAUGGUGGAUAGCAAAAUUCCUGGCUAACUUUUUUUUUCUAAAUUUCACAUGGAGGAUUUUCAUGUCCGUGAUUGUUUUUUCAAACGAGCCUAGUUUCAGGUUACAUUGCGGGUGGUUCUUUCGAGGUGGUCAGAUACUUUCCGCAACACUUGAAGAAUCAACUGAUUCCGACUUUCUCUUUCAAAAACCACAUUCGACUCGUUUCUCAAAUUUCUUAA